UGUCUUGCCUGGACGCGUUUCUUGAGCAAAAUCGAAGUAGGCAACUGUCUCUUGGUUACAUUUCGUUGAAUGUGGACUGCUCAUUUUGGACGAGCUGAUUAUCCAUAUUUUGCUCCAACCGGGCACAUGUCCUGUUAGAAAGAUGCCCAUGCUGCUCCUGAUGAUGCUUUGAACUUUCUCAAAGAUUUUCUGUCCCAAACAUUAAUCCCGGGAGGGCAUCGGGGGAAAAUUCCUGGACGCUUUGCGCAUUGCGUAAUUGGCAGAGAAAUGCGCUUGUCCUUAUAGGCUGCACAUAAUGUCAGGACUAAACUCUGCUGAAAGGCAUGUGUCGCUCCAUGCAUAUUGUAAACAAAGAAACAAGGAUACACGUGUUUAGUAUGCCGAAAGAUCGACAUCAGAUGCUGGCCGCGCUCUGUUGGCUGUUUUUGGUUGUAACGAGGAGCGGAGCAGUUUCAAGAUGUGUGGACCAGGCCUGUAGUCCACCUAUAGGGAACCUGGCGGGUGGCAGGACUCUCUUCACCCUCUCAGGCUGCUGUGGGAACAGCUCCUUCCACCACCCCCUGUGCCCCCAACCCCCUGCUAACCUCCACCUCUGCUCUGAGCACACCCAUCCAUCUGCCCACAUGACAGACAACCCUUUCCUGUAUCCAGACACCUGGUGGGCAUCAGCUUUAGGUACUACAGUGCAGGAGAAACAGGAUGAGAUCUGGUUGGACCUGGAAACACAGUUCUGUCUGUCCCACGUGGUAUUGGUGUUCAGGUCCCCUCGGCCAGCUGCCAUGGCCGUUGAACGUUCAGCUGACUUUGGAAAGACCUGGGAAACUUUUAAGCUCUUUGCGCACAAUUGCAGCUUGGAGUUUGGUUUGCUUGAUGAUUAUUCUCAGCCAGGCUCUUUGUGUACAUCUCGUUAUACCAGCGCUACACCCUGCAGCAAGGGGGAGGUAAUUAUCCGGACACUAGACCCCAUCAGUGCUAAAACGCUGGACCUUUACAGUCCAGGGGUACUAGCCCGAAUCACCCUCACUAACCUCCGCAUUAGACUGCUUAAACCUCAGAGCUGUCCUUAUCCCCUAAGUCCCCCUGCAGAGCAGACCAGCCCAGCAGCUUCAGCUCUGACCUCCACAUCCACCACAGAGAGCUCGGCCUCAGCACCUUAUGCUAUUUAUACUUUACUGGCAAGAGGGACCUGCCUGUGCCAUGGGCAUGCUGAGCAAUGUGAACCACAGAACAGCAGCAAAGGCACAGGACAAGACAGUAACAUGGUGUCUGGUAGGUGUCUGUGCACUCACAACACAGCAGGGGAUCACUGUGAGGAGUGUGCCCCGCUCUACAAUGACCGUCCCUGGAGGCCUGCAAACAGCAGCAGUGGAGAACCAAACCCAUGUCAGAAGUGCGAGUGCCACAGUCACACGGAUAGCUGUCAUUUCUCUCAGCGGGUGUGGAUUUCCUCCGGGGGCACCAGUGGAGGGGUUUGUGAUGACUGCGGACAUAACACUGCUGGCCGCAGGUGCCAGCGCUGUCGCCACGGCUACCACCGACACCCAUCUCUGCCUCUCAACUCGCCACAUGUUUGCAUGCGCUGCUGGUGUGAUCCACAGGGCACAGAGCCUCCUCAGAGUGGAGAACAGGGACCUUGGUGCCACCCUAGAAGUGGUCAGUGCCACUGUAAAUCUGGGGUAGGGGGCACCAGCUGCAGCCAAUGCCUGCCUGGUUAUUGGGGGUUUGGAGAGGAGGGCUGUAAACCAUGUGCCUGCUCUCAUAGCUGUGAUCAGACCACUGGGCAGUGUCUGGACAGCUACUCAAAUAAUCAGGUGUUCAAUGUGCCCAUCGGUGGAAAAGUCCCUGCUCUGGAUCAUAUCCUCACAAUGGAAGAAGAAGGGCAGUGGUCGAAGGAUCAGGCAGUCUCUGCUCUACAUUAUACAGGGAAGUGUAGCUGUAAGGAGAAAAAGCUGAGAAGUGUGUCUGACCUCUGUAAGACCAAACAUGAUUAUGUGAUCAAGGCCAGUGUGCUGUCUGCUCACGACAAAGGCAGCCAUGCAGAAGUGCAGGUCAAAGUCUGCAAGGUCCUUCGAUCAGGCCAUUUGGCUCUCAAGUUUGGGACCAUCAGCAUCUAUCCUCUGUCUUGGACCAGCCGCGGCUGCACCUGUCCAAUUUUAAACCCAGGUAUGGAGUACCUGCUGGCAGGCCCAGAGGAGGCAGGGACUGGCCGACUGCUGGUCACCAUGCAGAGUGUGGUGGUCCCAUGGACACCUAGACUCGGUCUGCUUCUGUCAGAGGGCCUGAGGAAUGGAUGUCCAUGAACUUUAUAAUUUAUAAUCCAAAGAUGGCGAUUACAAUUCAGGGAAUUUCCCAAAGUAAUGUAUUCAUGAGCAGCCAAAGGCUUGAAAAGAGGCAUCAAAUUAUCAACGAGUCAAACUCAGGUUCAGUUAAAGGUGCACUAUGGAGCUUUGGUAGAGAAAUGUACAGAUUAUUUGUAUGUCCAUAACUAUAUACACAAACUGUCCUCAAGAGGAAAAUUUGGUCCCUGGAACCCUGUAGAUAAAAUGUUACGUGAGAAGUGCAGAGCCCGCAAGAAUGAAACCGUAACUCUCCUGGUAACUUUUUAGCUCUAAACAGUGUUCCAGGGACCCAUUUUUUCCUUUGAAUAAAGUUUGUGUAUUCAGUUCAGAAAAUAUAGGAUAGAAUUGUUUCACUUCUCCAACUUUCAAAUUUCACUACCAAAUCUACAUACAGCUGUGCACCUUUAACAAGGAAACAUUUUGAAGAA